AUGUUAUCUAAAAAAAGACCUUCUUCCGAAGUGAUCACAAAAAGAGGCUUCCUGUCUUGUCUUUCAACUUCCUUUCCGCCCCACUCUCAUAUCUAUCUAUCUAUCUAUCUAUCUAUCUAUCUAUCUAUCUAUCUAUCUAUCUAUCUAUCUAUCUAUCUAUCUCUAUUUAUCUAUGUCAGUGAGUUGAUAUCUAUCUAUCUAUCUAUCUAUCUAUCUAUCUAUCUAUCUGUCAGUGAGUUCAUAUCUAUCUAUCUAUCUAUCUAUCUAUCUAUCUAUCUAUCUAUCUAUCUAUCCUAUUCUCAUCUAUCUAUCUAUCUAUCUAUCUAUCUAUGCUCAUAUCUAUCAAUCUAUGAAAGAGAGGGGGAAAUUAUAAAUAGUGGAGACAUGAAAAACAAUAGCAAUGGACAGAAAUAUACCAUACACUAUCAUUCUCUCUCUCUCUCAGUUGGCAUGUUAACCAUUUUUCUUUUUUUCUUUCUUUCUUUCUUUCUUUCUUUCUUUCUUUCUUUCUUUCUUUCUUUCUUCUAUUCAUAUCUAUCUAUCUAUCUAUCUAAUUCAGUCUAUUCGUAUCUAUCUAUCUAUCUAUCUAUCUCAAUCUAUGCACAGAUCACUGUCGGGCUCUCUCACUUAGCCAUCACCAUCUCUGCUUCUCUCUUGAUGAAGGCACCUCGCUAUUCCCGUCCGCCACUUCCACAUAUUCUACGGACACAGGACGAAUGGCAUUGGAAUUAUUGCAUUUCUUCUUCUUCUUCUUCUUCUUCUUCUUCGUUUUCCCUUGAUACACGCUUGUUUUUACCUCCUUCAUUCAGUCCAGCUCGUCUUUCAUCUUUCUUUUUUUUAACAUUUACCCUUUACUCUUUCAUUCUCUCUUCUCCCGUUCUUUCCUUUAUCUACUUGACUUUUUUCUUUCUUUCGCCUCGUUUUAUUCCUCCUCCUUCAAGAUUUUUCUUUCAUCUUUUCUUUUUCCCUGCACCUUGUCGUCGUCAUCACAACUUUCCUUUCACACCUCAUCUUUCUGCUCUUCUUUUUCUUCUUGUAUCGCUCACCUUCCUAUCAUUUUAUCUGCGUCGCUCAUGUAGUCGAGUUCCGCGCCGGCUCCCAAUAGGCGGCCCUCCGAUCGUGCCUCUGAAUCAUGUUCUUCCUAAGAGUAGACGAAAUGUCAUGGUAAAAAAAGUUGUCUUUUAUUAUACAUAUUAUCACUUUUCUUUUUCUUAUCUAUCUAUCUAUCUAUCUAUCUUUUAA